AUGGCGUUAAGACACUUAGGCAAGAAGGGCAUUCAAGCCUCUUUUAAAAGAGGUUUUGUUCUUCCACGAGUAGCAGCAUCUACAGAGACGCAAAUUCCCUCUACUGUUUUUAACAUUUCAUCUGAAAGUGUCUCUUUUUCAUUAGCUCGGUACAUAAAUGGGUUUGGUUUUAGCUCGCUAUCAAAUCGGUCUUCUUCUCGAGAUUCUUUCCCAACCGAAACAUCCAUAAGGCAUUUUCACGCCACCCGAGGAACAUUAGCGAGAAGAAAAGAGGAUCCAGAUCGCGCGUUGAGUCACCGUGAGCGCAAGAAACAGACUGUGAGAACCAAAGGAAAGUUCUCAAAAGGAGAGAAACCGGAUAAGCCACCCGUUGAAGCUCCUUAUGUGCCUCCUAGGUUCAAAAGAUUGGCCAAAGGAUUGCCUGUGAAGACAGUCGACAUAUUCGAAGGCAUGACACUACUCGAGUUCUCCAAGCGUACUGGCGAGCCCUUGACGAUUUUGCAGAGCAUCCUCGUCAAUGUUGGCGAAACCGUAACCUCGGAAUUCGACACCUUCAGUGUCGAUGUCGCCGAGCUUCUUGCUAUGGAAAUUGGGAUGAAUGUAAGGAGGCAACAUACAACAGAAGGAUCAGAGAUCCUUCCACGGCCACCGGUUGUGACUGUAAUGGGCCACGUCGAUCAUGGAAAGACCUCGUUGCUUGACGCGCUAAGAAACACCUCUGUGGCGGCAAGAGAAGCCGGUGGAAUCACUCAGCACGUGGGAGCGUUCGUUGUUGGGAUGCCUGACUCCGGCACUUCAAUCACGUUCCUCGACACGCCUGGUCACGCUGCUUUCAGCGAGAUGCGUGCACGUGGAGCCGCUGUGACUGAUAUAGUCGUCUUGGUGGUUGCUGCUGACGAUGGUGUAAUGCCACAGACGUUAGAGGCGAUUGCUCACGCUAGAUUGGCGAAUGUUCCGAUCGUGGUUGCGAUUAACAAGUGCGAUAAAGCUGGAGCGAAUCCGGAGAAGAUCAAGAACCAGUUAACUGCUGAGGGGAUUGAGCUUGAGGAUAUUGGAGGGAACGUUCAGGUUGUUGAAGUGUCUGCGAUUAAGAGUACUGGUUUAGACAAAUUGGAAGAAGCUCUGCUUUUACAAGCGGUGGAUAUGGAGCUUAAGGCGCGUGUGGACGGACCGGCUCAAGCGUAUGUGGUGGAGGCACGGCUUGAUAAAGGACGUGGACCGUUGGCUACGAUUAUUGUAAAGGCUGGGACUUUGGUGAGUGGUCAUCAUGUGGUGAUUGGUUCUCAGUGGGGAAGACUCAGAGCUAUUAGGGACAUGACUGGUAAGUUAACGGACAGAGCGACACCGGCGAUGCCUGUUGAGAUUGAAGGGCUUAAGGGACUUCCGAUGGCUGGUGAUGAUGUGAUUGUGGUGGAAUCAGAGGAACGAGCGAAGAUGCUGAGCGAAGGGAGGAAAAGGAAGUAUCAGAAGGAUCAGUGGUCGAAAGCAGAGGAAGCGAGGAUAUUGGAAGCAGAGAGAGCGAAGGAAGAGUCCGGCGAAGGGUUUGUUCGUGUUGAGUUGCCGAUUGUUGUGAAGUCCGACGUGCGAGGAACCGCGCAAGCUGUUGCCGAUGCGCUAAGAACGUUGAAUAGCCCACAGGUGUUUGUGAACAUUGUUUAUACCGGCGUUGGAGCAGUUUCUCAUUCUGAUUUGGACUUGGCAAAAGCUUGUGGUGCUUGCAUUGUUGGAUUCAAUGUCAAGAGUGGAAGUUCUGCUAAUCAUUCCGGUGCUCAUGCCACCGUCCAGGUGUUUCAUCACCGUGUGAUAUACCAUCUGCUGGAGGACAUUGGGAAGUUGAUAGUAGAGAAAGCGCCGGGAGUGUCGGAGAUGGAAGUGGCCGGUGAAGCAGAGGUGCUAAGCAUUUUCAAGAUCUUGGGGAAGAGGAGAACAGAGGAAGAUGGAGUGAGCAUUGCUGGUUGCAGAGUGAUGGAUGGUAAGGUGUGUAGAAGCGGAGUGAUGAGGCUGUUGCGGAGCGGUGAAGUGUUGUUCGAAGGCUCGUGCGCGUCGUUGAAACGGGAGAAGCAGGACGUGGAGCAGGUAGGGAAAGGGAAUGAGUGUGGGGUUGUGAUGGGAGAUUGGAAUGAUUUUAGAGUCGGAGAUGUGAUUCAGUGCAUGGAGGCAGUUAUUAGGAAACCUAAAUUCGUUUCCUCUGAGAGUGGAGCUGUGAGGAUUGAGUGCUAG